GCGGAAUUGGUGUCUGUGGAGAGCAAAGAGAUCGAGAGUCACUACGUUUUAGCCAGGGAGCCGAUCCACAAAUGGAACUCAUCUUCGGACUGCUAUCUUCUGAUCGAGGGAGUGGAGCACACGCUUCAGCCGGAAGAGGAAGCGCACGUGUCCAUUCUGUCCACGUGUCCGUGCGAGAGGGACCUGCAUUACGUAAUCACGACGGACGGCCGCGUCACGGACUGGGCGCAGCGGCGAUACGAGGAUCCGGUUCCGGUUCCGUCGCCGACCAUAACGCAGCUAGGAUCCAUCUGCAGGCUAAACUUUAGUUUCACGGUGAAAUCGGUGAUGGCUCCAGUCAGUCAACUUCUUGUCUAUUAUAUAACGCCACUGGGAGAGCCGGUCAGCGACGUGAUCAGCUUCGACGUCAAACUGCUUCACAGACAGGUGUACGUGAUGAUGGAGAAUCGGGAGUGGUGGCUGCCCAAUCAGCCCCUUGACCUGGAAGUUAUCGCCGAACCUUCGUCCCUCGUCUGUUUGCUCGGCGGAAAGAUCGGUGCCAAUAGCGACAUCAAGUUCGAUCCCAGAGUCAGUGAGGAGAGAAUCCCCAACAGCGAAACGGGAGAAGUGGAUUUCUUGGAAGCCGGCGUGUCCUUCUUCCAGAGGCAAUGCAUCAAGCGAGAUUCGGGAAUGUCCGCCGUGUCCUACAGGCAGCGGGGAUCUGGUGCUGGACCCGCUUCUGGCAGACGCAGGCCGCCGGAGAGCCUCGUCGGCGGCGCACCCUUCGAUCAACUGUGGCUUUGGAAAUGCUUCAAUUACACAUCGGAAAUCGCUUCAUCCGGAAUGAGUAUAAUGGGACCGCAGGAGGCGGGAAGAUGGUCCCUGUGGGCGCUGACUGUGUCGAACAGCGGUGGCCUGCAGUUUUCCGCCCCCGUCGCUCUGAACGUGUUCCGACCACUUCAGGCCGAAUUCCGGCUUCCGCCGACUCUGAGGGUCCGCGAAACGCUCGAGGUCGACAUCAAGAUCGGCAACAACAUCAACUCCUGCAUGGACAUAACGGCCCUUUUGGCCCUCAGCGAAGGCGCACAGUUCCUGAGUAACGGCCUCCUCUACGUGACCGAACGUCUGCGACUUGGACCCCACGGAGCCACAUCUUUGGUUGUACGUCUUCUGGUAACCACGCCCGGACUCAAAAACAUGACUGUUGAGGUGAACGGAUACAGCAGUCCUUCGUGCGAGGGUUCGGAGGGCGUCAGCAAUUCCUCUUUGGCCGGGGCGGUUGUGAGAUCGGCGACCGUGGAUGUACGACCCGAGGGUGUCGUUAGGACGGACACGGAAAGCGCUUACUUUUGCGCAAAUGAGAACAUGCUGAUCUCCACAUCGGACAGUUUCAAGUACGAAUGGGUGGGGGCGCCGCGGAACCGCGAGGGCGUCGUAAUUGAAUUGAAGGCGGGCGCCUCGAAGCGUCCCGGCCCGGUGCACAUCGCAUUGGCAAACACUCAUUAUCCCGGGGAUAAAAUGUAUAGGAUAACGGUCGGCGAUUCGGAGAACUCCAUCAGCUGGAUUGGAAGAGGCAAACACGAUUACGGCGUGCAGCUGGUGACCGCGCAGACACCGGCUGUUCUCUCGCAGGACGACUGGAGGACUUUCUGGAUCACCUGGGAAAAGAGCUCUCUGGAAUUCGGUAGAGGAUCUCUCUUCCACAACGACACUCUGCUCAAGUGGAAGAUCGACAAGAAAUUGAAGAUCCAGAAUAUCGGGUUCGCAUCCUCCUGGGGAAGCCUAGCAGAAUUCCGUGUUUGGAAUUUCAACGACGAGUCCGGAUUCUCUCAGGUACUCCACUUGGAUACCCCACGAUCCGUCGUUCCAGGCUCCGAAAGCGGUGAGCUCGUCAUCUCCGGUGGAUUGGCUCUUCCCGCUCUCCCCAAGAAGCACCGACCUAGCGGAGGACUCUCCGACACUCUCUCCUCUCUGACAACUCUUCUGAGUUUAUCGCACUUCGGACUGAAGGCCAACGAGAGUUUACGAGAAAGCGCCUACAGCAGAUUGCCGGGACAGAUACAAAAUCUCCUUUCGUUCCGCAAACUGGACAACUCUUUCAGCGAGCACCAGCUCCUGGACAGUCACGAGGCUACGGUAAAAGUUCUAGAGGCUCUGACCAAAAUCCAAGCGCACUUUAGCAUCGAUCCUGAGCUCAUCCAAAGUAUCAAGCGAUGGGUGCAACUUCGACAAGAAGACGAUGGAAGUUUCUCGCCUCUUCACGCGGACGUCUCGUAUCCAAGCGGGAAUUUCAGUAGGAGUGUCCUUGACGAGGUCAUGGAGAUGACUGCGGAGACGGUGAUCGUCCUCUUUGAAAUCGGCGUUGAAAACGAUGUUGAUGCUGAAACAUUGGUUAAAGCGAAAGUGUUUUUGGAGAACGGUUUGCCGAAAGUCCAGUCUUCGGAAGCCGUAGCUGCGGUGGCUUUGGCUCUAGUAUUGGCAAAGAGCGCGACGGCCAGUUGGGCUGUGGAGAGAUUGAAGAACGCUUCUACAACGGAGGACGGAGAGUUCGGUUGGCCUCACGUAACGCCGAAACGCGAUGCUGCGGAUUGGUUGUACGAAUCAGAAGCUGGAAGAACGCUUAAAGAACCCAUCAUAGCUACAGUGGAAGACUACAAAGCUUCGCUCUACGCUCUGACAACAUUCUGCUUGAUCGGAGAUCUUAAAUUCGCGGAAUCCACAGCGAAAUACCUCUUCUACAGAUCGCACAUGCUGGAUAAACACGUUGAGCUUCUUUACGAUGCGGUAAAAGCGUUCGCUCGAUACGACACUUUGGUGGACGACAAGAGAAGAUCUCUGACCAUUUCGUUGGCUACUUCCGGGAUGGAACUGACCGAUACGCUUGAGCUGAAGCCUGGAAGAAGCGCAGAAACCAUCCUCCAUCUGCCCAGUCUUCCAACGAAAGUCUUCGUUUACGCAACCGGUGCAGGGUGCGCUACAGUUCUUGGAAAAACCACCUACUCCAGCUACACAGCCAAAAGCAGCACCGAACUAUUAGAUAUUUGGUCCGCGGUCUCCGAAGAGAUCCUUCCGGAUCGCAGCUCGGUGGAAGAGAUCGAAGGAAAAUCACCGAUGCUGAAAAUCAAGACUUGCUUUAGAUGGAAGCAUGCGGAAAAACCUUCCGGGGUGUUGAGGAUGGAGGUGGGUCUGUUCUCUGGUUUUGAGCCGACGCCUGUUCCACCUCAGGUUCUCAACGAAGACGCCGGAGAAAUGCAGCACGGCCACAACGCAAACAACCUCUGGUUCACGUUCGCCAACGUCAGCGGAAACUGUCCCAUCUGCGUGCAGUAUCUAGCGCACAGCAUCUACGUGAUCUCUUCGUUGCGACCGGCGCAUGCUAAAAUCUAUCCGGCGGAGCGCGAAGAUUUAGCGGCUGAGGUCUUCUUCCACACGCAAUCCGAUAGUUCAUUGUUGAAGGGUAUAACAGGCGAUGACCUCAUCACCUGGUUCGGAAAGAACUCUACCGUUGGACCUGAAGUCAAGGUGCCGUGCACUUGCAAAGACGCCUGCACGCAGAAGACUCAAGUUCCGGAGCUUAAAGAGGAUUUAAGCGUGACGACUUACACCAUCAAUGUGGACAGCAACUCCAUUAGCAAUUUGAGCCACGUCGAUCGAUUCCUGAUCGAGCCAACAGCUGUGGCCGCAAAUACAAGUGAGAUUCCCACGAACGACACAACGAUCAUCUUUACAAAAACCAGCGACGAUCUGAUCCUGCAAGAGAAUCUUAUUGAUGUGCAGGGCGAAACUCAAUUGGAAAGCUUCGUCAAAAGCACGCAACUUCCUAAGAAGGUUUACGAGCGUGAAAUCAAGAAGGUAACUAAACCGCAGAAGAAGAAAGUUACUGAGGUGAACAACAAUACUGUAUUUGUUACUACUACUACUACUACUGUUGAAGUCACCAGUGAAGCAGAAGAAGUUAACAUAACGGAUUUUGCAAAUUAUACAACCUCCGAAGUGUCUGUUACCACUGAGCUGGAGACGACAAGCAAAUUGAACAAUGUGGAGAAUCAAUUGAUCGUUGAUUUGAACGUUUCGCCUCCGAAACACGUCAACACCGAGAAGCUGCAGAUUCCGGAUGAUCUGUACGAGAAGCGAGAUGAAGAGGUAUCAGAAGAACCGGCAACGUUCGCUCCGGAAAACAAGAACGACAAGUACGUCCUUCUGGACAAGGAGGAUCUCUGGGGAAUGCUCAAAGAGGUCGUCGACGAUGAGAUCAAAAAGAAGAGCAAGAUUGCGCAGCAGCUGCGGAAGCAGGGAUUCUCGUAGGCGCCGCAACUUGGGAACGCAUCUGUAAAUAACAUUGUGCCAAAAAAAACGAAGAACAAGAAAGAAGAAUCGAUUCGAAAGUAGAAUGAAAAGGGCAUUUUCAAGAUGACGAGAAACAACAACACAAAAAGCAAAAAACAUUAUAAGAAAAGCACACCAAAACUAUAAGCUAGGAUUAAUUGAAGAGUUAAUAUUAUUGCACUCACAAUUCACUCACGUUCCCGAUCGUUUUUAUGUGUGUAAUAUAAGAUGUAAAUAGAUGAAGAAAAAGAGAUAUUAAAUCCGCCCAAAAUUGCCCCCACAUCGUGAGAGGAGUAUCUGUGCCAAAAAAAAAAUGAAGAAGAAGGAAAAACGCUUUACUUUACGUUUAUUUUUGAACCUUUUGAUCUUCUGUACUACCUGAGAGAGAGAUAGAGUUCAGAUUUGUGCGAAGCAGCAGAAAGAAACGCCAAUCAAUUGGACAUCGAAAUUUUUCUUACAAUCCACGAGGACACAAAAUUCUGGCGCGUUUUUUUUGCUAAGUCAUAUUAAUCGUUGUACGAAGACGUUUUUUUUUUUGCACAUAUUUUGUACAUACGACGUAUGAAAAAAGGAUGGACUAACUACUCUUAAUAGUAAUCUCUCAAUCUGUAUCUCUUCGAGCCCUUGUUCCGUCACGUUAUUUCGAGUAAUACUGAAUAAUUCUAAAUAAUGAUAAAGAGAAAAGAUAUAUAUGUGGAAAGAUAUAUUUUUCAUAUGUAAGGAGAAAGAAGCACGUCUUGUCAAUUCAAUAAUUAUUAUUAUUAUUAUAUGUAAAAGAAGAAAAGAGAAUGGAAUGAAGGAAGGAAGGAAGGAAGGAAAGAAAAGGCCGUUUUCUUUAGGUUUCAGAGUCAAUCAUUUACCAGUAGGAUUCGAUGAUCGUGUAGCAACGUUGUAAAUAUAGUUGAUUGAUCCAGUGUUGAUUAUUGAUUAAAGAUUGCGAAGAGGAAAUUGCGAGAAGAGGACGCGCGUUUUCGAUUGAAUUGUGUGGAGAAGCAACAGGAGCAGAAGAAGACAUAAGAAACGCUUGUAAUUGAUUACUUAAAUUUAUAAUAUGAAUAAGCUCAAAUCGUAAAUCGAUAAGGAAAUAUGAAGAA